AUGUAUGUCUUGCAGCAGGGAAAAUCGUCCUGCCGGAGCAAGUUGGAUAAUAUCUUUCGUCCUGUGGUGCUGGCCAGUCAACUGUUUGGCGCUGCUCCACUUCCCUGGAAGGGUUUUGCAGAUCCGGAGAUUAUUGCCAAUCAGAAUCUAACAUGGGUUAAAUUCCUGUGUGUUCUUCAGAAUGUGUGGACGUUGGUCUUCUAUGGUGGCAAUGUGUACAGCAUUUAUACGCAGAUACAAAUAUUUGCUGGCCAAAAUGCCGUGGGGUCUUCCUUCGUUCAAAUUUUGGUUCGUAUCGUGACAGUUUACAGUAUAAUUAUAACAACAACCAUUUUCAUCGGUUGCCGUAUGCAUUGGGAAAAGUACAAUGAACUUGCUGCCAAAUUGAUUGAUCUUGUUUAUGGAUUGGAUUUUUUUGACGGUAGCAACAUUUUCGAAAAACCAUUCCAAAGACAUUGGAAAUUGAUGGUUCUCACCGUUUUACUCGCAGCUGCAUGUGUCAUUUGUGAAUUCGCCACAAACUUCGAUGUGCUUUCUUCCUUUAUAUAUCUAAUCGGGUAUCACACUUCGAAUAUCAUCAUCCUUCUGACGCUCAGUCAGUACAACUUUGCCAUGGGUAUCGUCUACGAAAGCUGUAAAUGUGCCAGGAGGGCCAUGGAAUCCCUAGCUCAAAAGCAGAGCUCCCUCAACGCAACCGAUCUCGUUAAUGCAGUUCGUAUCCUAAGAAACAAAAAUCUUCAAGCCUGGCACCUCCUAUACGGGAUCAACAAAACAUUCGGAUGGCUGCUGAUUAACGUGAUUCUUAACGUGACAAUUUCAACGAGUGUUGAGGUGCUAGAAAUCUAUCAAUUUUGCCGGAAGCUCACAUUUGAUCAGAAUGAUUUCGUCUACCUGUUCUACGUCCUGGUGGUUAUUGCUCUUCUGGUAGACCAAAUCUUUCAAGUUCUGUAUCCGAAUCAUUUGGUAAAGUUAGAGAUGAUUAAAACAGGAUUGAAUCUUUGCCAAUUCAACAAAGUUGAAAUAAUGGAUGAGGUUCGAAGUUUCUCGGAGCUGAUUCUUAUGCAGGAAGACAAAUUAGAAGCCUGCGGUAUCGUUGAACUCGAUCUAUCUGUUCUAGCAGCGAUGGUUGGAGUUCUUACAACUUAUGUGGUAUUGAUGAUCCAGUACGACAAAUCGAGCUACAAAAUGUUCGAAACCCCUACAUAG